CAGAAAUCAAUCAUAUAUUGCCACUUGUAAAAGAUUUAUGAUUAGAACUUCAAAUAUUAUAACUAGGGCAGCUCCUCAGAUAUUAAGGCUGUCUGCUUCAAGAGCUGCCAUCCCAUAUGUCUCAAGAAUAGCAUUUAGAGGAAUUAGAUUAGCUUCAAGCUCAACCUAUUCACAACUUGCAUCAAAAGAACAAUUAGCCAAUCGUGAAUUAAACAACCCAGAUAUUCAAGCUGAUUUUUAUAAAAGUUUAUUGAAAGCCAAUUAUCCUCAGUAUGUUGUUUCAAGAUAUGAAGCUGGUGGUCUUGCCAAUUCUUAUGAAUGUACACAAUUAUAUGGUGAAGCUUUGAAAAAAUUGGGAAAGUUUUCUGAGGCUGAAGCUGUUUUGAAAAAUAUCCCAUCUGGUGCUGCAGCUGGUGCUGGGGCCAACUUUGGUGUUGCUGGUGGCUUAAACUAUGGUAGUCGUAAUGAACCUGUUCAUGUUGUUAUUACUGAAUCUACUUGGACUAUGAUUUCAAAAUGGAUCAAAUGGUUAAUACCUGUUGGUUUGAUAACCUGGGGUGUUAUGGAAGGUUUUACUUAUUUAGUUGAGUCUGGUACUAUUUUCAAAGGUUCUGAAGUUGCAGACAAAUCUGUUGAUAUGUCUAAAGUUACUGUUAAAUUUGAAGAUGUUCGUGGUGCUGAUGAAGCUAGAGCGGAGUUGGAAGAAAUUGUUGAUUUUUUGAAAGAUCCAACAAAGUUCACUGGUUUAGGAGGUAAAUUGCCAAAAGGUGUUUUAUUGACUGGUCCACCGGGUACUGGUAAGACUUUAUUAGCAAGAGCCACUGCAGGUGAAGCUGGUGUUCCAUUUUUCUUUAUGUCAGGUUCUGAAUUUGAUGAAUUAUAUGUUGGUGUGGGUGCCAAAAGAGUUCGUGAAUUAUUCACUCAAGCUAGAGCACAUUCCCCUGCUAUUAUUUUCAUUGAUGAAUUGGAUGCUAUUGGAGGUAAACGUAACCCAAGAGACCAAGCAUAUGCUAAACAAACUUUGAAUCAAUUGUUGGUUGAAUUAGAUGGAUUUUCUCAAACUUCAGGAAUUAUUAUUAUCGGUGCCACCAAUUUCCCAGAAUCAUUAGAUAAAGCUUUAACAAGACCUGGUAGAUUUGAUAAACUUGUCAAUGUUGAUUUACCAGAUGUUCGUGGACGUGCUGAUAUCUUGAAGCACCAUAUGAAGAAUGUUGAGAUUGCUAAAGAUGUUGAUCCUACUAUUAUUGCUCGUGGUACUCCUGGUCUAUCAGGUGCUGAAUUGAUGAAUCUAGUUAACCAAGCUGCUGUUUAUGCUUCACAACAAAAUGCUUUGUCAGUUGACAUGAACCAUUUUGAAUGGGCUAAAGAUAAAAUUUUAAUGGGUGCUGCCAGAAAGACUAUGGUUAUGACUGAAUCUACUAGAAGAGCUACUGCUUAUCAUGAAGCUGGUCAUGCUAUUAUGGCAUUGUACACACCAGGUGCUACAUCAUUAUACAAGGCUACAAUUUUACCAAGAGGUCGUGCAUUAGGUAUAACUUUCCAAUUACCAGAAAUGGACAAAGUUGAUAUCACCAGAAGAGAAUGUUUAGCUAGAUUAGACGUUUGUAUGGGUGGUAAAAUUGCUGAAGAAAUGACUUAUGGUCCUGAAAAUACAACUAGUGGAUGUGGUUCAGAUUUAAGCAGUGCUACAAGUACUGCAAGAGCUAUGGUUACACAGUAUGGUAUGUCCACUAAAGUUGGUCCAAUAAGUUUAGCAGAAAAAUGGGACUCCUGGUCUCCAAAAUUAAGAGAUACAGCAGAUCAAGAAGUUUUAGAAAUGUUGAAAAAUUCAGAGGAACGUACCAGAGUUUUAUUGAAGGAGAAAAAGGAUGAAUUAGAAAGAUUGGCACAAGGAUUGAUUGAAUAUGAAACGUUGAAUAAAGAAGAGAUUGAAAAAGUCGUUAAAGGUGAACCUAUCUCUAGAGCCAAAACAGUUACAAAUACAGUUGUUUCGUCACCGGAAGAUGAUGAACGUCAAAAUAUUGGGAAACAACCGUUGCCCUUAAUGACUGAAGCAUAA